AAACCCUGUCCGAGCACAAACGUCCCACUGUAAAGAACAAAAAUGGCGACGAGCUUACUGCUGCUUCCUCUCCGUCUUUUCAGCAGGAACACGGGCAUAAUGACCCGUAACCCCAGCUUGAAAACAUCCACCAUUUCCAAGACGACUCAAAGAAGAACUGUGGUAUCCACACCUUCUGGAGCAAUCCUUCCAAAACCUGAAAAAAUACCCUUUGGCCUAAUCCGCAUGACAGUGGUGGUGGUGCCUUUCCUUUAUGUUGGAACUCUGAUCAGCAAGAAUUUUGCCGCUCUCCUGGAAGAGCAUGACAUUUUUGUCCCCGAGGAUGACGACGACGAUGACUGACUUUUGUCUGCCACAUAAGAGGUAAACGGGUGCUUUGCAAUAUGUACUGAAAGAAUACCAGGCAGCACAGGCUAGAUGAGCGUGGAAAGAGCACUUUCAAACAUCCUUUUCGUCCAGCCAUCUCCUUCAUAUCGCUGCACCUAUUGAUCCUGAUUUUGAGAAAUCUCUUGUCUUGUGAAGCUAUCAGAACUAUUAUCUCUGCCUUCACUCUUGUUUGCAUGUUUACAAGUGUGUCCACUAAAUAAACAAAGUUGAUCACACACGUG